UUUCUGCUUUAAAUCACCUCUUUAGUACUCAAAAGAGCUUUCGUGCGAAAAAUGCAGAGUUCAGUGGGCACUGAAAACCCCAUUUCAAGUGGAUCCAAAUCUGGGUCAGACUUGUCCGAGCUCUUGGUGGGUCAAAGGGUCCAUUUCGUCGGAGAUACUCGUCGGAUUGGAACAGUAAAGUACGUGGGAGCAGUAGAAGGCUAUGAGGGAAAGUGGGUCGGUGUUGAUUGGGACAAUGGAUAUGGCAAGCACGAUGGAUCACAUAAUGGGGUUCGCUAUUUCGAAGCUCAAGGCCCAAAAACGGCGUCGUUUGUUCGACCUCACAAUCUUAGCUCCGGGAUACCACUCUUGAAGGCCCUUGAGAUUAGAUAUCAUGGAGAAUCCACUAAAGAAGAAGAAGAUGAGAUGUAUGUUCUUUCUGCGACAAACAAACGGGUAUCUAUUCAGUUACUGGGUAAAGAUAAAAUUGAAAACAGGCUGAGUCGGUUUGAGGAGUUGACAAGUGCAUCACUUGCUUAUUUUGGGGUUAGCUCAGCUGGACCCCAAGGGCAUAUCAAUACCACUAUACCAAGGUUAAAGGAGCUUGAUUUGACUGGAAACCUGCUUUCUGACUGGAGGGAAAUUGCUGCAAUCUGUAAAGAGUUACCGGCUCUCAUAACUCUGAAUUUAUCAUACAACAUCAUGUCUCACGAUAUAAGUGGGAUGCCCCUGCUAAACCACAUCAAAGUUUUGGUUUUGAAUCACACUGGUAUAAGCUGGAAACAGGUUGAAAUGCUUAAAGACUCUCUCCCUCUUGUUGAAGAGCUUCAUCUGAUGGGAAACAAACUGAGAGAAAUAGCGCCAUUAUCUUCAGAUAUUGUUCAUGGAUUUGAUUAUCUUUGUCUUCUCAAUUUGGAGAAUAACUUUAUAGUCGCUUGGGAUGAAAUCUUGAAGCUGUCACAGUUAAAAAGAUUGGAACAGCUCUUUUUGAAUAACAACUGUGUCGGCCGUAUCUGGUACCCUGAUCAUAAUUCAUCUUCUGAACCACCCAACGGUCAUGAACUUCUUGGGGAAAGCUUUAGGCCUUUCCAGAAUCUCCGUUGCCUUCUUGUGGGUGGGAACAAAAUUGAAGAUCUUGCUUCUAUUGAUUCUCUUAAUUUUUUCCCUAAUUUGUUGGAUAUAAGGCUUUCUGAGAAUCCUAUAGCAGAUCCAGGGAAAGGUGGUGUGCCCCGGUUUGUUUUGAUUGCUCGCCUUGCUAAAGUUGAAACUUUAAACGGAAGCCAGGUUAGUCCUCGAGAGAGGAAAGACUCUGAAAUUCGGUAUGUCAGAUUGGUCAUGUCUAAAAGCCAUGAUAAUGCAGAGGAAAUUAAGAAGCUGCACCCCAGAUUUGCAGAGCUGAAAUCUUUUCACGGAAUUGAGGAUCAAAAGGCUGCAAGUGGAUCUACGGGUCCACAAAAAAUGGCAUCAGGGCUCAUUUCUAUUACUCUGAAGUGUGUUGCGGCGUCAAUUGGUGAAAAGGCCCCAUUGACUAAAAAGCUGCCUGCGACAACUACGGUGGGCAAGCUGAAAAUCCUAUGUGAGAGUUUCUUCAAGAUAAAAUCUAUUAAGCCAAAGUUAUUUCUUCAGGAAGAGGGUUCCCCAUUCGCAACACUGCUUGAUGAUGAUAUGGCAUCAUUAAUUGACUUUGGAGUUGGCAGUGAAUCAACUAUUCUUGUGGAUGAAGAUUGUUAAUGUCAUAAGAAAUCUUGGAACGUCCAGUCAUUGUCACAUAAUAUGCUGGAGUUCAUACAUAGGUGCACCGAACUCCAGUAUAUUAUGCUGGACCAGUCUCUGUUGCAGCAAAAUAGUGGCUAUUUUAUUUUUGAAUGACCAGUUCGAAAAUUGGUUAUACCGUGCUAUUUUUACCUUCAUUCCAACAUUCUAGAUUUGGUUAAUCACAAUCAUUAGUAAACACUUAACCUAUUUCAACAAAGACGGGAGCAUUUGAGAAAGUUACAAAUUGGAACCGCUAAAAUUUUAGCACUUAA